CCCUUAAUUCAUCUUCUUGACUCCUACUCUCUUUAUAAGUCACAUAGUCCUUACAGAGCCAUCAAAGGACCCAAGCAAGUGAUUGAAGACUUGUUAUUUAGCCCUAGGACUCAAGAACAUGGGAGGCAUAGAUACUGAUCACCCUUCCUCGGACAUUUCUUCAGAGUAUGCCAAAGAGGGUACAACUGAGGAUUCUAAGCUGAAAUUCUCAGAGGAUGAGGAAGAUCUCAUUGCUCGGAUGUUUCGAUUAGUUGGAGAGAGGUGGUCUCUGAUAGCUGGAAGAAUCCCAGGUAGAACAGCAGAGGAGAUUGAGAAAUAUUGGACUUCAAAGUAUUCUUCCUCUAGUAAUUGAAAGAUUAGGCACUUCAACUAGUUCUUAGCUCUUCUUUGAAGUUACCCAUCAAUGUACACAAAGUAGAUGUAAAUUUAGAUAUGGCCAUGGAAGUAGGAAUUAAAAUUGUUUUCUGUAAUACCAAGUUCUUAGAUUUUUAUUGCUUGGCCUUGUUUAGAUUUGAAACAAAAAUGGAAGACUAUUUGGAUAAAAA